GAUGGAUAAGCAUGGGAGGGAAAGAGGUAGGUAGGCCGCACCAGACGUUGAUAAAUCUUGGUUGCUGCCUCGGCAGGGUCGCAUUCCUCGAUCUUUUCCUCUCUCUUUCCAUUGCUCUUGAGCUUUUUUUUUUUUUUUGUUCCUUCCAAGUCUCGCAAUCCGGUCGAUUCAGGGCUUGCUUUGCUGCCCCGCGUGCCCUCCGUCGCGUCUUUUGGCCGGAACAACCUCAACCUUACCUUACCUCACCUCAUCUCCUUGUCCUUGACUGCUACAGACGACCUGCUCGAUAUUUCUCAACUGCACCUCGUUUUUCCAACUCCUUCGACGCCUACCUACGGAUACCUCUUUCCUCAAGAAAGUGUAUCUCCAUAGGCUGGAUUUGCCCAACGGCCAUUUCAGGCAGCCUCGAGCUGUAUCAUCGUCACUCGUUCUUCCCUCGUCUUUUUUACCGCCUAGUCUUCUUCCGCGCCUCAUUCCAUCGCCAGCACAACAAUAAACUUCCUCGGAGGGCCCAAUUUUUCUUCUUCGACAACGACUAGCUCUUCCUCGAGAAUCGUCAGCAACACGUCGCUUUCGUAACAGCCAUUCCGCUAUACCAUUCGCUUGAUACCCAUCAGAAUUAGGCAUCAUUUUCUCCGGGCCUCGAGUUAUCCGACGAUUCUCAACUAAGGUUCGGACGGUAGUGGGGACCACUCCCACCAUCUCCAAAAAGAUGACCGCCGGCACCUCCAUCGACGCCCCUCUCCGGCCCGCCAUUUUCAAAAAUUCGGGCCUGCCAAAGUCCGACUCUUCCGUCUCCACCAGAGCUCCAUCUUGCAAAUCCAUCCGCGUCACCGGCGCCCAUCCUCUCGGCUCUUUGCACGUACACCAGCCCGUCGACUCCUCCCUGUCGCAACAAGUCACCAUGGACCCCAACACCGUCCCCGACGACGACGAACCCCCGCCUCUGGCACCCAUCGAGUCUCUCGAUGUUGCCGCCAGCGCCAAUCAACAGGCCUCUCAGCAUGAACACCAACUUGGAGGAGGAGAUGUUGUCCUUGUCAUGGACUUGCCUGCUCACUUCACCGUAGGCUACGAUUCUGUCUCCUUCACCGCCCGCGAGUUCGUCGGCGUCAGAGACAUUCCUCCCGGCUCCCAUUUCUUCUGGGUCUCGGAGACGGAGGCCAGCACCACGCGCUCCGGUUUCUGGAUCAUCAGCACGGCCACCGAGAAGAUCCACGUCAUGCAAUGGGACAAGUUCAACGAGGUCAUCGGCGAGCCCGCCAGCCAGGUCGAAGCCCGUUUCCAAAAGGAUAACAUCCAGGACAUUUACCCCAAGCUGGCCCCCUACCAGAUCCGCGCUCUCAAUGCCACCGUCAAAUCGGCUACAUCCGGUUCUUCCAGUCCCGAACCCGAGUUCGCAAGAAACACCAACAUUUGGCAGCAGCUGACCAACGCCAUCACCGCGCCUCUCUUGAGCAGAAUUACCGCCCGCCAGGCCAGUGACUGGGCUGUGCAUACCUCGGACCGCGUGAGGGGGGCGCUUAUGCUUCCCGCUGAGCUCGAGCUAGAAAAGAGAAUGCCCAGUGUUGUCGCAAGCACAGAGUUGAACUUUACCUUUAGCCAGGGCGCCAAAACAUACGAUGCAGAAAGUGUCGGCGCUCAACGUACUGAGCAGGCAGUUGAUGCGACUGCUCACUUGCUUUCCAGCGGUGCCACCGACGAUGACGUUGUCGGUGAGCUCCAGUUUGCCUUCAUUGUCGGCAUGCAUCUUGGCAACGAGGCGUGCAUCCAGCAGUGGUGGCACAUGCUGGUCUCCAUCAUCUUGAAGAGCUACACACUGCCUCUCAAGCGCCCGGAGCUGGCCCGCUCGCUCCUGCAGACCAUUACGGCUCAGCUUGUCUACAACGAACGCUACCUCGAUGGGUCUGUUCUCGACUACGGUCCUUCGUAUGCCCGUGACCUCCGCAUGGCCCUCAUUGUCUACAAGCGGCGACUCAACGAAGUGCUCCUCGGCCUCAAUUCGCUCGCUACUCCUGAGCAGGCUGCCGUCGGUCAGGCCUUCUCUGAACUCGAGACGUGGGUUUGGAAGUUUGGCUGGGAUAUCAGAAGCGACUAUCUCAGAAAGGGCAAGACCAUGCUAGAGGACGGCGAAGAGGUUGAGCUUGAGAUGGACGACCUUGAGGCCGAAGAUGAACGUGGCGAGUUCGCUGCUGUGGUCGUUGAACUGGAUGAGAGCGGAAAGCAGAAAGACCUCGUCUCAUGGGAUUAGGGUUCCGGGGUCAGGCGCUGGUUAGAAGCAAAGGAGAAGCGUCGCCGACACUCACAGUCAUGUGCUAGCAGCAGCAAUGGCACCAAGGGAAUCAACACCACUGCCACAAGUACCACCAAUACGAGCAGCUUUGGCACAGAUACCAUUGGUAACCCGCUUCUGUCUCCGGUUCGGCCCGUGGGUGUGAGGCCUCGCCGCUUCUCAUCUCGAAGAACCUCAUUCAUUGGUAUGGUUCGACCAAAGUCUCGCAACUCGAGCAUGAUGCAUGUUGACUUUUAAGUAUGGGCAUCGAAGCAUGGAUGGGCAUCGUCAUUCGACAUCAUUCAGCGGGGAGUUUUCAGGUGUCGGUUUCUUCUUGGCACUUUCUUAUUUCGGGGCAUUGAGCAUCGAUCGUUUGGGGCCUGGCAUUGUUCGACUUUUACUCAUCUUCCCUUUCCCGACUCUGGCGUGUGCAAGGGUUAUUAGGACGGUUUAGGUCUGCGGCUGCGGUAUAGGCUGGCGCGUGAGAAGGAGGAUUAUAGGUGAUAUGGCACUCAUGGCUUGGUAAUUUUGAUAGGUCGUUACUUUGUAUGACUAUAUGUCUAGCUAGGAAUCAUCCCUUUGCUACAUGAUGUGGUUUACUUUGAGUAGUGAAGUGAACUCUACUGCGGUUCACCAUAGGGGGGGGA